UCCAUAUCAACCAGCUGCUACCACAAUGGACAUUACAGAUUACAUUUUUAGCCAGAGGGAGGAAGUCCUUCUGACUGGCGACUACAAUGCCUACCGUAUCCAUACCACCCGUAAAUUGCACAAGCUCCGCAAGAAGGUCGGACAGACCACGCCCAAAGGCCGGAAAUAUACUGCCAAACCCCCUGUCAGCGCAGAGAAUGUCAAUGACAAUAUAGCAUAUGUUCACAUCCUGCUCAUGAGCUCGGAACGAGCAUGGGCACAAGCGAUGCAAAUGAAGUCCGCGCACUCUGCAGAUCCGUCAGCGAAGGGAAUCACAGGUGCUGCCCGGCGUCACAUCAUCUCGCGACUAAAUAAAUCGGUCGUCUAUGCAAACGAAUUGGUUCUCUUGUUGCAAGACCAAGCUUCUAGCGCCACUAAUACUGAUCUUCUUGAGGCGCGUGCAUACCAUGCGUCGCUUUCCGGAGCCUUGUCAUUAGAGAAGCGGAAAUGGGAGGAGUGCAUGCAGAACUUCUCCGUGUCCAGAAUCAUAUAUGCAGCACUGGGUCACAACAACAAGAAAGAUGCUUUUCGGGAUCUCCUCACCGGUACCAUCGACCCGAGCUUGAGGUACGCAGCAUAUCAGAUGAAGCUUCCACGAUCGAAGCCUCUCCCCUCCCUGGCGAUCAGUUUUUUUCCAUCCGACACAAAUCUCAGAUCGGAGGUUGAAAAGGUAGAUCCUAGCUGUCUCAAAGAGGACGCGGCGGGGACAAGAAGAACUGCCGACGGUGACGUGCAGCAGCUUCCUGAGUCUAUUACCUGGCGGUCACGGACUGUCGCUUUGGAAGACGCCGCCAUCUCUCAGGCUCUCGCAGCAGCCGCCGCGGCGGAAUCUCGCCUCGCCUCGUGGCUUGUGGAUGCCUCGGGCAAGGCUGCCUCAUCGAAAGACAAGGCAGCUGCCUAUGAUAACGUCAUCAUUGCUAGCCAAGAUGCAGUAGAUGCUACAAAGACGGCCAUCGAUGACCUUGCCGGCGAAGGUGUGGAUCCGGGAGAUAAAAGGAUGCAGAGCCUGCAGAUCACCCGCACCGCCGUCAAUUUUGCUUUGGUGGGAUGGAGAGUCGGGCGUAACCGCGUCCUGUGUGGCGAGCAUGACGGCGGUUACGAUGAGACUGACGCAGCCAAGGGAUCUAAGGGUGGCAGGGCUUCUGUCAAACGCGAGGAAACCAAGGGCAAGAAGUUAGCUCGGCUGCGUGAGAGGGUCGUGCUCUAUGACUCUACAUUGCAAAGCAUUGAGUUCAUCCUCGAGCUACCUGGUGUCGCGGCCGAUUCUACAUUUGUUCAGGAGCUUGGAGGUAAACGGUCCUACUUCCGAGCUUUAAGAUGUCUCACCAUUGGGCAGUCUCAUGGUAUUCUCGGUAACAAUAAAAACGCUCUUGCGUUGUUCUCGCAAGCGUUGGCGCUCACUCUAGAAUCCGCGGGCUCAGUCCAGUCCUCUGCCGAUUCGGAAGAGCCCCCCAAGUUAGACAUCACACGCAAUCAAAUCCAAACUCUUGAGUCAACCUUGCGCGCUCUGGUUUCACAAUACCGCGGGCUCGUUACGCUAGAGGAGAUAUCAGAACAGAAGUCGAAAUCUGCGAACGAGCGCCCGAUGGUUGAGCGGCUGCACGAGUAUCCCGGUGAUGGUUUGGAUUUGAAGAAUCUCGUCCCAUACCCACCUCAGAUGCAGCCAGUCCCUGUGAAGCCAUUGUUCCUUGAUGUCGCAUGGAACUACAUUGACUACCCCCGUGAGAGCGCGGGUGCCCAGGUCACCAGUGAGACGCCGCCUGAGGCAGCCACGGAGGAAAAGAAGGGUGGCCGACGAGGCUGGUUUGGCUUUGGACGUUGAGAUAUGGGUCUAGCAGAUACAUCUAGAUAUGAGUUGGAAUGAUGGCCUAUUUAUUCAAUGUACAUAGAGCAUGGACAUCAGAGUCAUGUCUCCAUUGAUGGACCAAGUUCAUUGAACAGCCUCGGUCUUCCAGGAUUUCUAAGUAAAUAUGAACAACUACGACACAACGCCAUAAUGCAAUGGGCUGACUAGCCCAGUGCCCUUCAUAGCAUAUGCAAACUACCCGUCC